AUUAACUAUUACUUCAAGAAUUCUUAAAUAUUCUUUUUUAUUCAAAAGUGUAGGACCCAAGGGGGUGCCUGAUCCUUUUUAUGGACAUGGUUCUUUACAACCUUGUUUUAACUCCCUCUUAUUCAUGCAAUUCUUAGAGUUAAGAGUAAUGUAAUUUUAUUUUUUUUAUUUUGAUUGAGCAUUGACUGCGCACUACAACAAGGGGAAAGGAUUCCCUUUUAUAUAUUUUGUGGAUCGUGACAAAGGAACAACACUCUCUUACGUGCCUUUGCUUCUUUCUUUCUUUUCAUCUAGUGAAUUCAUAGAUAUUCAUUCUGCAGGACCCUUUGUCUCUCUCCUUUUCUCGCAUUAAUACCUUCUCCUCCUUACCAUUUUCACAAACCUUCUUAUUGCUCCCAUUUCUCUCUCUCUACAUUCUUUCUUGCUGAUAAAGCACUUCCUUCUUCAGUUCCAUUCCAUUCCUCACAAGAGUCUCUUCAUUCUUGAUUUCACAAGAGCAUACCCUCUCUGCAAGAACCCGUUUUUCACUUUUCCAGCUUCCAUUCCAUUCCAUUUUCACUAACCUUUUUAUUGCUCCCAUUUCUCUCUCUCUCUCUACAUUCUUUCUUGCUGAUAAAGCAACUCUUUUUUCCAAGCUCUUUCUUCUUCGGUUCCAUUCCAUCCCUCACAAGAGUCUCUUCAUUCUUGAUUUCACAAGAACAUACCCUCUCUGCAAGAACCCGUUUUUCACUUUUCCAGCUUCGUAUAUUCGGAUUCUCGGGAGUGAAAAUGUUGCAUGCGCUAUUCAAGCCCAAAUUCUAUUCCAAGUGCAAAUCUCUGUUGAAGUUAACAAACCCAAGAAAAGGAGCGCGGUGCGGAGAUUUCUCAAGAAAGACAUGGCCGACCUUCUUUGGAGUUCCCUUGAUUACAAUGCAUAUGGAAGGGGAGAUGGAUCUUUUGCUAGUUCCUUACUCAUUGGGUGGGUCAUAAUCUGAAAAUAAUUCAGUGGCCACCAUUUUUGCUUGCAAGCAAGAUUACUGUAGCACUGGAUAUGGCAACUCAGUUUCGAGGGAGGGACUCUGAUCUUUGGAAGCGCAUAUGUGCUGAUGAAUAUAUGAAAUGUGUUGUUAUUGAAUGCUAUGAAUCCUUUAAACAUGUUCUACAUGAUUUAGUGAUAGGAGAAACUGAAAAAAGAAGUCGAGAGCAACAUCUCAAAGAGUACACUUCUUACAAAUUUCCGUAUGGGCUUUCUACCCUCCCAUUGUAAGAAGUCCGUGGAGCUUGUGGAAAUCAUGAAAAAUGGAGAUCCAUCCAAGCGGGGUACAGUGGUGGUCUUGCUGCAAGACAUGUUAGAAGUGGUCACAGAUAUGAUGGUGAAUGAAAUCCGCGAAUUGGCAGAACUUCAUCAAAGUAGUAAGGAUACCGGACAGCAAGUUUUUGCUGGUACAGAGGCAAAGCCUGCUAUACUAUUCCCUCCUGUGGUUACAGCACAAUGGGAGGAACAGAUUAGACGUCUUUAUCUACUCUUGACUGUCAAGGAAACUGCCGCUGAAGUUCCAACAAACAGUGAAGUACGCAGAAGGGUUUCAUUCUUUACCAAUUCAUUGUUCAUGGAUAUGCCACGUGCUCCUCGAGUACGUAAAAUGCUCACAUUCAGUGUCCUAACUCCAUACUACGGUGUAGAGACUGUAUAUUCUAAGAAUGACAUUGAGGUUGAGAAUGAAGAUGGUGUGUCAAUCAUGUAUUACCUUCAAAAGAUCUUCCCUGAGGAAUGGAGUAACUUCUUGGAGCGACUUGAGUGUAAGAAAGAUAGUGAUAUAUGGGAGAAAGAGGAGAAUAUAUUACAGCUACGUCACUGGGCCUCAUUAAGAGGACAAACACUUUGUAGGACAGUUAGGGGAAUGAUGUACUACCGGCGAGCAAUAAAGCUCCAGGAAUUUCUUGAUAUGGCUUCUGAAAAAGAGAUAUUCGAUGGCUAUAAAGCUAUUGCUGUUCCAUCCGAGGAAGAAAAAAAGAGUCAUAGAUCCUUAUAUGCCCGUUUAGAGGCUAUGGCUGACUUGAAAUUCACAUAUGCUGCAACCGACAGCAAUAUGGGAAUCAGAAGCGCUCUGGAGACUGUCGUGCAACAGAUAUCCUGAAUUUGAUGGUUAACAAUCCCUCACUUCGUGUUGCAUAUAUUGAUGAAGUUGAAGAAAGAGAAGGUGGAAAAGUACAGAAAGUUUAUUAUUCUGUAUUGGUCAAAGCUGUGGACAAUCUU